CGUUUUGACACCCUUUUUUAGUGUUUGUGAAGAACGCGGGUCCUAUUUAUAUGUUCUGUAUAGAAGGAAGGAGUUGUUUUGUGGUGCGAAUAGUGAUACCAAUCAUUAUAUGAAGUGUCAGUUGAGGAGAAGUGUACAUUCAAGCUUUGUUUGCGCUACGACGAGACCAAUAUCUGCUUAGAAGCGACCAACACCUUUCGGUCGAGUUCAACAGAUCUUGCCCUAUCUUCUGGUUCCAUUCGGUUAUGAUGCGGUGAGUCGCGGCCAUGGAAGGGACCAAGGACAGCAAACUCCUGUCCCUACACAGGCUCAGUCCAACGCCCUUCUCGUCAGACGAAGGAGCGGAAAGCGGAGAUGACAGCGAGGAAGACAUCGUGACCAACUACCUCCCGGGGUCCGUGGGGGCCCCUCUGGUCACGCGGGAGGGCCCCACGCCCCCCCUUCACCACCACCACCAUCACCACCACCAUCACCAUCAUCUCCUCCAGCAGCAGCACCAACACCAGCAACAGCAGCAUCAGCAACAGCAGCUCAACCUCCAGCAGCAGGCAGUGGUGGCCAGCGUGCAGCCCGCUCACGCCCACGGACACCAUGCCCACGGGCACCACGCCCACGGGCCGCCGCGGCGCCUGGUGCGCAUGGCGGAGAUCCCCACCAUGGACUCCAUUACGGCCGAGAGCCUGGGCAUGGGCGUCGCCAUGCCCGGCGCCGACGCCUUCAUCCCGCCCAUCCCGACCAUCAGCAUCACGCCCCACUCGCCCAUCGCCCACAAGCCCUUCACCGUGCUCGAUGAGAAUAUUCGGCAGUUACAGGGUAUUCAGGAGACGAUACAACGCAUGCGCGAGAGCAACUUAUCAGUCAAGAGCGGCCGCGGGCUGAGUCGCCUGAGCUCGUCGUGCCCAUCGCUCAACGUGGACGGCGAGGAGGGCGACGACGACGACUCGCCCACAUGUUCCGAGGAAUUUCUGGACGCCCGGAAGAGCCGCGGGGGAACCACCGAUUGCCACCGCCGCCGCUCCUGGUCCGGCCUCUCGGACGAGGAGAAGAAGCGAGCAAGACACAGAAGCAUCAGCCUCAGCAGCUUGGAUUCCGAUGCCGAGGAAGCCUUCUACGACGCCGAGGACAGCACCAACAACCACGGUGAGUACGCGGCUUUUUCACCUGGCUCUUUUCUCGCUUUCGGCCCAGGGCGCAGCGCCGGCUUCAGUGGGUCGUUGGUGCCCGAGCCGCGCUGUCUGGCAGGAACGACAUGA